GUCUCUUUCUGUCGGCGGCUUCCAGCUCGUGUCGGGUGUGUUUUUGUUUUCCCCCUGUGGGAUGGACAUAGUGGAUCUCUUCCAGCGGCUUCACCAACUUUAACUCCUCCUGGGAAACUACUUUUCCUGCGGCGAGCAGCCAGCUUCCCGGGCUCUGCCGACAUGGGAUCAGGUGGAUAGAGAGCCUGUUUGCUGGAGGAGGACCUCAGGGGGAAGUCUGAUGCUCGGUCGCAGCAGCCUCAGCCACCAUCAUGUUCACCAAGAAGAAGAAGUCUCGCAUCCAGAUCUCGGCGCCGUCUAACUUCGAGCACCGCGUGCACACGGACUUCGACGAGCAGGAGCAGAAGUUCGUGGGGCUGCCGCGGCAAUGGCAGUCGCUCAUCGAGGACACGGCCAAGCGGCCCAAGCCGUUCAUCGACGCCACGGUCAUCACCACCGUGGAGCCGCGGAAGACCAUCGUGCGCGGCAGCAAGCUGGGCGUGGACGGCUCUCUGACCUGGCUGCUGGAUGAGUUCGACACCAUGUCCGUGACUCGCUCCAACUCCCUGCGGCGAGGCAGCCCCCCCAUCCAGCCCCGCAGGGACUCCGGCUCCUCGGGAGGAGGAGGAGGGGGCGGGCAGGAGAACGGAGACCCCCACCAUAGACACUACGCACACCCAGACAGGCCCCGACAUGACCACCAGGGGGCGGAAGGCGACCCCCGGCAGGGUCAGCGCGUCCUGCGCCCCCCUCACAGAGACGAGCCGGCCCAGGGUCGGCCCCAGCAGCAGCCCCGGGGCCAGGAGCCCGGCAGGGCCGGCAGGGACAGGCCGGGCUCUGGACCACCUCCUCCACCCCACAGAGACAGAGAACACCGAGACCGGGACCAGGACCAGGUCCUCCGCAGAGAUCAGCCCGGCGACCACAGGCCCAAGUCCAGCUACGUGUCCCGGGACGGAAGCCCCCAGUCUCCCCGGGACAAGAGGCCCCUCUCGGGGCCCAACAUCCGAACCCCCAACCUGCCCAUAACGGAGGGCGUGGUCAAGCCGGCGCAGCAGAACCCGCGGCCCUUCAACACCUACCCGAGGACGGACAGCGAGGGCGGCCGCAGCCCCACGGGACAGCCCGGUCGGCACCAGGACUCGUCCCCUCAGAACGGCCCCUCCGCCCGAAGCUCCUCCGGGUCCAAGCCUCCUGCGAACCACCAGCACCCUCACCACGCCUCCCACCCCAUCCUCACCCCGGAGGCCCCCCAGCACCCGCACACCCCUCACCCCGGCGUGCCGGCGCCGCGGCCCCCCGCGCCCCCCGGGGCCCCGGCGCCGGGCGGCGCCCCCCAGGGCCGCUCGCCGCAGCGGGAGCCCCAGAGGGUCUCUCACGAGCAGUUCAGGGCGGCGCUGCAGAUGGUGGUGGACCCCGGGGACCCGCGCACCUACCUGGACCACUACAUCAAGAUCGGGGAGGGCUCUACCGGCAUCGUGUGCAUCGCCACGGUGAAGACCACGGGAAAGCUGGUGGCCGUGAAGAAGAUGGACCUGAGGAAGCAGCAGCGCCGAGAGCUGCUCUUCAACGAGGUGGUGAUCAUGCGGGACUACCAUCAUGAGAACGUGGUGGAGAUGUACAACAGCUACCUGGUGGGAGACGAGCUGUGGGUGGUCAUGGAGUUCCUGGAGGGGGGGGCGCUCACCGACAUCGUGACACACACCAGGAUGAACGAGGAGCAGAUCGCCGCGGUGUGUCUGUCCGUCCUGAAGGCGCUGUCGGUCCUGCACACACAGGGAGUGAUCCACAGGGACAUCAAGAGCGACUCCAUCCUCCUCACCCACGACGGCCGGGUGAAGCUGUCGGACUUCGGUUUCUGCGCUCAGGUGUCCAAAGAGGUGCAGAGGAGGAAGUCCCUGGUGGGCACGCCGUACUGGAUGGCGCCGGAGCUCAUCUCCAGGCUGCCGUACGGACCGGAGGUGGACAUGUGGUCUCUGGGGAUCAUGGUCAUCGAGAUGGUGGACGGGGAGCCGCCGUACUUCAACGAGCCGCCGCUCAAAGCCAUGAAAAUGAUCCGCGACAACCUGCCUCCCAAACUGAAGAAUCUGCACAAGGUCUCCCCUCUGCUCAAAGGCUUCCUGGACAGGAUGCUGGUUCGAGACCCGGCCCAGAGGGCCACGGCCGGCGAGCUGCUCACCCACCCCUUCCUCACCAAGGCGGGUCCGCCGUCCUGCAUCGUCCCGCUGAUGAGGCAGAACCGCAUGAGAUGAGAGAGCGCCGCCUCCGGGGGAGUGGCAGAAUACUCCUGCACGCAGAGGUUCAAAGGUCACAGGCGGAGCCACCGGCCCGGUCUGCAGGAGGAUUCUCUGUUCCUGACGCCAGGCACCAAACUGUGGGGGCCAGUCCCAACUGAGAGGCAAUAAGGUGUGCGUGUGUGCGUGUGUGCGUGCGUGCGUGCGUGCGUGCGUGCGUGCGUGCGUGCGUGCGUGCGUGCGUGAGCCCCAGCUGCCUGUGGACAGACUCGUCCUCCUUGUAGCUGGUUUUCUGUAACGCUGUAGUUCGCCCUGCGGCCCUGUAGCUCUGUCACUGUUCUCCAUGUGGACCAUCUGGAUCCUCACUCUGACGGGUGUGUGUGUUUGUGAGAACACACACCAGCGGAUAAUCUGAAGGACUGAUUUUUGGCUGUUUUUUUUUUUUUAAUCGGACUCUUGGACAAUCUGGAUAUUUUUGUGGUCUUUGUAAAGACUGGUCUCUACGGAUCCUUUCUUCCUCACACAGAACUUUACUACUGAGAGAGGACAUGUUUGACUCGCAGCCGAGUCCGAGUGACUUUAUUUUGUAGCCAUAAAACGCUAGUUUCCUGUUGUAAACACUAAGUGAAAGGUAAACACUGGAGUCGUGGUAACGGAUUUCUCUUCAUUCCUUCUGCUUUUCCUGUGAGUACGAUGAGCUUAGAGAGAUCUGUCCGCUUGGAUGUUUCACCAUCUCUACUCUUCCUUUUUAAUAUUAUUAUUAUUCUAAUGUGUCUCCUGGUUGAUUUUAGAGUGAUUUCUGGUGAUUUCUGAAGCACUGUUGAUGAGCGAUAGAGGCUGCUCUCCCACAUGACCACAGCAGAUCGUCGACACUAAAUCCUUUGAAUGGUUUCGUCUUUAUGGGACCGUGUGUUCGGAGUGCUGCAGAGAUCAGCUGUGAGUGUGUGAGAGAGUGUGUGUGUGUGUGAACCAACAUGGAAGUUAGCGUCACGCCGUAUCGACCCUCCUUGUUACAAAGCUUGUUUGGAAAAAAAAAAAAAAAAAGGUUUUUCAGACCAAAUCUUGUUUUUAUGAAAACAUGAAUUUUAUUUUGUACACAAAAGA